UGUUCAAUAAAGUUUUUAAGUCAUGACGUGUUCUGAUCACGUGGCGCUGUGUUUCCGGUUGAGUAGAUUUUUAGAUGACGCUUUUCUGGUGGAGUCUGGUUAAUCUUUGACACUCGGACGAUUGUGGCACAGAUCCGUUCUAGUCAGCUGAAUCACUGAAGACAUUUAUUUGGAGGGUUUCUCUCCACCGAACACAGUCGUCAACAAAGAUCACUUCAGAGUGCCAAAAUGGUGCUUGCUGACUUGGGGAGGAAGAUCACGUCGGCGCUGAGGUCACUCAGCAAUGCCACAAUCAUCAAUGAAGAAGUGUUGAAUGCCAUGCUGAAGGAGGUAUGUGCUGCUCUUCUGGAGGCAGAUGUUAACAUCAAACUGGUCAAACAACUGAGAGAGAAUGUCAAGUCUGCCAUUGACCUGGAGGAGAUGGCUUCAGGCCUGAACAAGAGAAGGAUGAUUCAACAUGCUGUCUUCAAGGAGCUGGUGAAGCUGGUCGACCCAGGUGUGAAGGCCUGGACUCCCACUAAAGGCAAGAACAAUGUCAUCAUGUUUGUUGGUCUCCAGGGCAGCGGGAAAACCACCACCUGUUCCAAGCUUGCUUAUUAUUACCAGAGGAAAGGCUGGAAGACUUGUCUGAUCUGUGCUGACACCUUCAGAGCAGGUGCCUUUGAUCAGCUGAAACAAAAUGCUACCAAAGCCAGAAUUCCCUUUUACGGCAGCUAUACAGAGAUGGAUCCUGUUGUAAUUGCUGCUGAGGGGGUGGAGAAGUUCAAAGCUGAGAAUUUUGAGAUCAUCAUUGUGGACACAAGUGGACGACACAAACAGGAGGACUCGCUCUUUGAGGAGAUGCUACAGGUCUCUAAUGCUGUGCAACCAGAUAAUAUUGUGUAUGUGAUGGAUGCAUCAAUCGGUCAGGCCUGCGAGUCUCAAGCAAAGGCCUUCAAAGACAAAGUGGAUGUAGCAUCCGUGAUCGUUACAAAGCUGGAUGGACACGCCAAAGGAGGCGGAGCUCUCAGCGCUGUGGCCGCCACCAGAAGCCCUAUAAUCUUCAUUGGGACCGGAGAGCACAUCGACGACUUUGAGCCAUUCAAGACUCAGCCGUUCAUCAGCAAACUGCUGGGAAUGGGAGACAUCGAAGGACUGAUUGACAGAGUGAAUGAGCUGAAGCUGGACGACAACGAGGAGCUGAUCGAUAAACUGAAACACGGUCAGUUCACCCUCAGGGACAUGUACGAGCAGUUCCAGAACAUCAUGAAGAUGGGACCCUUUGGACAGAUAAUGGGUAUGAUUCCAGGUUUCGGCACAGACUUCAUGAGUAAAGGAAAUGAACAAGAGUCAAUGGCCAGACUGAAAAAACUGAUGACCAUAAUGGACAGCAUGAAUGACCAGGAACUGGACAGUAAAGACGGAGCCAAACUCUUCAGCAAGCAGCCCAACCGGAUCCAGAGGGUGGCCCGUGGAUCAGGGGUCGCCACCAGAGAUGUUCAGGAGCUUCUCACUCAGUACACAAAGUUUGCUCAGAUGGUCAAAAAGAUGGGAGGCAUCAAAGGACUAUUUAAAGGAGGAGACAUGUCCAAGAAUGUGAACCCAUCUCAGAUGGCCAAACUGAACCAGCAGAUGGCCAAAAUGAUGGACCCUCGAGUCUUGCACCACAUGGGAGGAAUGGCAGGUCUGCAGUCAAUGAUGCGUCAGUUUCAGCAGGGAGCUGCAGGAAACAUGAAAGGCAUGAUGGGAUUUAACAACAUGUGACCCUCCGCCAACCAGCUGCCUUAAUAUGAAUAAAAGGUUUUGCCUCCAGCAGGUGAAAGAGUUGAGGCAUCCUGUUUUUGCUGCUUUGCACCAACAAACGAAUUACGAUCUCUCUCUUAUUAGACAGAUGACAGGAAAACAGAGUGGAUUUAAAGGAGUAGUUCAACACUUCAGAUGCUGUUCUCUAUCAGAGAAGCUCCUGAAACGAUCCUUGAAACUAUCAGUAGUGAAGAUUUAUGGGCCUCAUUAAUUUUGUUGUGUAAAUUAUUUGUGUAAAAUUUUAACAGCAGCAUCAGUUCUACAUGAGCUGGUUAUUAAAAUGGGGAUGACAUUAAUUAGUGACAGUAUUUUUAUCAUAAUAAACAUUUGUAUGCACCAUUGUAAA